GCUUUAUUCCAAGGCUGGAAAAAUAUACAACGUUCUACAAGACAUCAAACGUGCUCGGGACUUGCGAAAUACAGUGAUCCGUCUCGAGAUUAAAAAUGUGAAGGUAUGCAGCCAACAUUAUUUUGAAACGUUCAUGGUCUGA